UAGCUGGAAGAGUAAUUUCGACUUCUGAGUUUUGAAGCGUUCCUCUUGAAGAAUUUCAAAGUCGACGGCCACAACAAUUCAACUCAAGCUUGUUGUCGGAUAUUAAACAUGUUUCUUUGCAGCUUCGUCUUCAUUCCUUCCUCAUUUAAUCCCAAAUUUCUAUCUCUCUUCCCCACAAUCCAUCCAACUUCCUCUCAAUCGGUCGGCAAGAGCAAUCCCUAACCACAUCAUCCAUGGAUUGCGAACCAGAGGAGCUCCAGUUCCUGGGCAUCAUCGGCAUCUACCGAGAAGCGUCGAAGCUAAUCGUCUCAUGGCGUCGCCUCUUCUCCCAAAUUUCCGUCUCCCUAAUCGUUCCUCUAUCCGUCCUUUUUCUCGUCCACAUCCACAUCUCUUACCUACUCUUUUCCCAGAUCGAUCGCAACGAAUAUGCCCUAGAACACACCGCCGCCGGCUCCCCUUCACAAACCCGCCUCCUCCAUCGACUUUCCUCUGAAUGGUCUGCCUUCCUCCUCUUCAAAUCCAUCUACCUUCUCUCCCUCCUUGUAUUCUCCCUCCUCUCCACGGCCGCCGUCGUCUACACCGUUGCGUCCGCCUACACCGCCAAACAUGAUCUCCUACUCUCCUACCGCAAAGUCCUCUCCGUCGUUCCCAAGGUAUGGCGCCGCCUCGCCCUCACUUUCCUCUUCGCCUUCCUUUUCCUCGUCAGCUACAACAUCAUCGCCAUCUUCGUGCUCGUCUUAACCAUCCUUAUCGCCGGCGAAAACGUCAUCGGGAUCGUCAUCAUCCUCUUCCUCUCCCUCGCCUACCUCGUGGGAUUGGUUUGGAUCAGCGUGGUGUGGCAUCUGGCGAGCGUGGUGUCGGUUCUUGAAGAGGCUUAUGGCUUGGCUGCGAUGCGGAGGAGCAAGGAUCUGGUGAAGGGGAAGAUGAGAAUUGCGGCCACGGUGUUUCUGAAAAUGAAUCUAGCUUUUAUUGGGAUCGAGUUGCUUUUCCGGCGGGUAGUUGUGGUCGGGGAGGUGUCGAUGUCGGUGAGAGUAGUAUUCGCGACGGCGAUGCUGGGUUUUAUGUCGGUGGUCGUGCUUUUCGCGCUGGUGGCGCAGACGGUGUUGUAUUUUGUAUGUAAAUCGUAUCACCAUGAGAGCAUCGAUAAAUCGGCUUUGGCAGAUCACUUGGAAGUUUAUUUGGGGGAGUAUUUACCGCUGAAGGAGAAGGAUGUGCAGAUGGAGCAGGUUAAUGUUUGAAAGUAUGAGAAUGUAUAUCGGGAGAACUAGUAGAUAGGGAACUGGUAGUUUUUCCAGUGCUGCAGC